AUGGAAGAAGGUAGCAAUAUAACAGCACUCGUCUCGAACAUUGGGGAACAGGAAGCUGUAGUGAUUUCUGAAGCUGUCCUAAGCCCACCCUUGGAAAGUGGCGAAGACCAAAGAAAAUGUAGCCCCGAUCCACUAAUCCAGGUUAUCCAAAAGCUAAGCAAAAUCGUCGAGAAUGAGAAGUCUCAGAAAUGCCUUCUAAUAGGGAAGAAACGUUUGCAUCCGGAAGCGUCUGUGGUCUCAGUCGACUCACAACACCUCCCAGAGAUCCCAGCUAAAGCAAUUGAAUUGCCUGCCCUGGGCACAAUAAAUAUUGAAGACUAUUACACGACAGACUGUGCUCCACAGAAUAAGAGGAAGGUGGUUUGCUACCAGUGUAGUCUUUGCAAGGCUCUGUCUCCCUCCCUCCAUCUUUUAAAAGAACACCUAAAACAACACGGUCAGCAGAAUGAAGUAAUACUCAUGUGUUCAGUAUGUAAUUUUGCCACUAUAAGCAUAGAAGAAUUUGAAACGCAUGUUAGAUGUCACCCAGAUAAUGACGACAAAAACCACACUGCAUCAAAAGAGCAACAGUGCACGAGUCUCUCCAGUACCACUCUGCAUAGGCCAGUGGAAAGUUUUGUCAAAGCAGGGUCUGAUUCUAUGGCGCAGCUUCAGUCUACCCAUCUGACGGAGAAGGGGAGGCAAAAAUGGUACACUUAUGAGCAAUACGGCAUGUACCGAUGCUUAAUUUGUAGCUACACUUGUGGUCAGCAAAGAAUGUUGAAAACACACGCCUGGAAGCAUGCUGGUGAAGUUGAUUGCUCGUAUCCCAUAUUUGAGGAAGAAAAUGAGCAACCAACGUUACCAGAUUCUACUGUAUCGGGUGUUCCUCAUAAUGUCGAUACUGUUGUCUUGGCACUAGAAAAUAACGAACUCGGUCUCUGUAGUGACCAGGCUGUUCAACUCCAUCUUUGUAGCCCAGAGAAGACAACAUACAAAUCAUCACCUGUGGAAGAAACUGUAAAACAGGAAGCAGUUCUGAGUCAGUCAGCUCCGCUGUCGCCCCCAGGAAAACUGUUAGAGGAGAUGAUGUCAGACACAGAUCUGGAACAGGAUAAUUUGAUAACUGAUAGCUUGUUGUCAUCGGCUCAAAAAAUCAUUAACUGUAGCCCAAAUAAGAAAGGUCACGUUAACGUCAUAGUGGAACGUUUGCCGAGUGCCGAAGAACCUGUCUUGCAGAAGCCUUACUUGAUGGGUACCGACAUUGAGGCGGAGAAGAAAAUUAUCAGUGAGCAAAGUCGUGUUGUGCAUGACGGGUCGGGGGAAGUUUAUCAUGUGGACAAAAAUUCUGUUGAUCUUGAAGAAGUGAUCAUAGGAUGGAGUAGCACGGAGAAGAAAGAUGGUGACUUAAGCCCCGGAAGAGCCAGAGCGGUGGAUGAAAAUGCCCCUCCCACCCGAAGAAGAACCAAUUCUGAAUCAUUGAGACUGCAUUCCCUAGCUGCGGAAGCUCUGGUUACGAUGCCUAUCAGAGCUGCGGAGCUAACCCGAUCGAGCCUCAGGGCCUUUGCCGAAGUUAACUCUUUAGGCUCAGACACUGGCCAACGACAGACUGACAGUGGUUCAUCCCAUUCUAAACUGGUAACUUCCCUUAAAACAGAAGAGUUGCCAAGCCUAAACCAAGCCGACUGCACUUUCGUGGAAAUACAGAAGGAUAAACAGGAGUUAGCGGAAGGUCCCAUUAAAAUGGGCAUUAGCAUGUCACUGCUCACUGUGAUUGAGAAAUUGAAAGAGAGGACAGACCAGAAUGCCUCAGAUGAUGACAUUUUGAAGGAGCUGCAAGACAAUGUACAAUGCCAACCUGCAGCUGAUGCCAGCAUACUGGGAAGCAACUUGGUAGAAUAUAUCCCCAAUGUGGAUCGUCCCUUCCGUUGUCGUUUGUGUCACUACAGUAGCGGCAACAAGGGUUAUAUCAAGCAACAUUUACGGGUGCACCGCCAGAGGCAGCCCUACCAGUGUCCGAUUUGCGAGCAUAUUGCAGACAACAGUAAGGACUUGGAAAGCCAUAUGAUCAACCACUGCAAAACCCGAAUGUACCAGUGCAAACAGUGCGAGGAAUCCUUUCAUUACAAGAGCCAGCUGCGAAGUCACGAGAGGGAGCAGCACAGCCUUCCAGAUAUAUACACGACAUCGUCGUCUAACAAGCUAAUAACUUGUAGUGAAAUGGAUGAAAGUGUUGGGGAUAGGAUUUCAGUCCAAAAGCUUUACAGAUGCGACACUUGCGAUUACACCAGCACAACAUACGUUGGGGUGCGGAAUCAUAGACGGAUUCACAAUUCUGACAAACCGUAUAGAUGUCGAGUGUGCGACUUCGCCACGACAAAUAUGAAUAGUUUGAAAUGCCAUAUGAGGCGGCACCCCCAGGAGCACCAGGCAGUGCAGCUAAUGGAACAGUUCAAAUGUUCCCUUUGUGGAUAUGUGUGUAGCCAUCCUCCUUCUCUGAAGUCUCAUAUGUGGAAACAUGCAAGUGACCAAAAUUAUAACUAUGAACAAGUGAACAAAGCUAUUAACGAUGCAAUCUCACAAAGUGGCCGGUCUCCAAAUCAGCUACCUGGGAAGACAAUAGCUGAAGGCCCUGAAGAUAGUUUAGUUCCUUUGAUGAGCCACUCGAAGGUUUCAUCCCCAUCGGACUCCUCCAGCCAGACCACAAAUAAAACCACAAGUUCCGACAACAAUCAGAGCCUCGAGUCCUCAGCGAAUACCUCGUGCGACUCGGAAAAAAAUGCUCCUCUCCCCCAUACCGGCACGGAAUACUGCGUCCUGCUCUUCUGCUGUUGUAUUUGUGGGUUUGAAUCCACCAACAAAGAGAACUUGCUCGAACACAUGAAGGAACACGAGGGUGAAAUUAUAAAUAUAAUCCUGAGCAAGGACCAUGGCGCAACGCAGAGCGUGAGCUAAACAAAGCUCACCUUUUUCAAAUGCUGCUUCAGGUGCUGCUUCUUCCUAGGUUCAGUAACAUUACCUGAAUUCCUUAUAAAAAGAGAGGAAUCGUGAGGACUAUAGCGAUAUUCCCAACUUUUGACAUUCUGUCAACGAGAAAGCAGAUUACAUCAUAACUUCUUGAAGUAACUGAAUGUUUCAUACUCUAUGUUGGGGGGAAAUCGUUAAUUUACACUACUGCCCCAUGCCAGCAGAGCCAUUUUCAAUGCCUGUUACUAAUCCAAAGUCUGUUCAUGUAAUAAGAAAUUCGUAUUAAGCUAUUAUGGGGUUUACUUUCUUGCCUCGAAAUUACCAGAAGAGCGUCAUGCUCAUUUCAGGUAAAUAACAUUUUUCCCCUUUGACAUGACUGAAAGUAAAAUGAUAAAGUAGCUGUAACUCCCAGAGAAGAGAGAAAGAUGGAAUUAAGGCUUUGGCCAUACAAUUCCUAGUUUGGUUGCUUCCUUCUCAGAAAAGAUACUCACCUCUGCUUGUAUCUUCUGGUGGAAGCAGCAUGAAAUACGUUGGCAAUUUGCAAAGUGUCUGGCCCAAUCUCUCACCCACCAUGGGAUGCUACAAUAAAAAAUGCUAGGAGUGUAUUUCUAAAUGUUUCUUGUUGGGACCCCUAAAGGUUCAUCAACACCUUGAAUCUUACGUAGUGAUACCUAAGCAGGAUGUCACUAGUGGUUUUUCAUUUCAGUGUGCUGAAAUGCUGUAAUUUGGAGCAUAGGCAGCAGUAGAAACAGGUGGUCAUAGGCAGACCUUGAACCCAACUUUGAAACCACUUACCUCAUUUUGACGAAAUAACCAUGCGGCAGAGCAGAAGCUAUUGACAUAGGUCCACUGGAAACCAAUGAAAACUCAAUGAGGCUACCAUAAGCAAGCAGUUCUUGUUGGUCAGUGGAAAGAAGCAUGUACUUGCCUCUCUAGGAGGUAUUUCACACCUUGAGCAAUGUAGUAGGUCUAUUACUUUGACCAAAACCCUGCACGCAGUUCAACUGCUUGAUGUCUGGAAGAGCAGCAGUCAGCACUCAAGAUGGCAGCCUCUGACAUUUCUGAACCGCAUGUUGGUGGAAUCAGUCACAGUUCCUCCCAUGACGUUGCCGUUCCGUUUAUUUCUAGCCAAUUUGUUGAAUGCAAAUCUGAAUUGUUUCCCAAGAGCUGCUGAACAUAUUUCUUGUGUAUUUAUUACCUAUUUAUACAUUGCUGUUAGCAGAAUUAAGUAAAAAGCUUACAGGUUUCAUGGUGCUACUCCGUCCCCCCAACCUGUGAAAUUGGGCAAAUUUUGUAUGCAAUUUUCAAAGAACCUUUAAAAGCCAAAUCAAGUGCAGAAAUUUUUCGUUUUGUUGACCUACAAAACUAGAUCCUCCUUUUCUUGAGCUAUUUCUUCCAUUAUUGGUUCCUAAAUAAUGUGUGCCAGAAUGUUGAAAGGAUGGUCUUAUAAUCCAGUUUACAGGAACAUUUCAGAUAUAUGAAAGAUGGGGUUUAGAUUUUGAAUGCUCUUGUGCUGUUCCUGCAGAACAGGACAAUUUGGGAAGGUUUAAUAUUCAAGGUACUUGAUAUUUUUAAAUGUGCUCUUAAAGUUGAUUCAGAAUGAACUUCACUCAUAAAACUUUGAUGAAAUAUGUUUGCCUCCCACUCUUAUCUUCAGUUCUUAAGCUCAGUAUUGUGAGCUCAGCAUGAAGUUUAAGUAUAACUGGAAGCAGAAAAUAGUUAGGCAAACUAUAUAAUAUCUCGGAUUGUAAAAGGUGUAUUAACAUUUCACUUCCCUUCUUUGUAGGAUCUGUUUGCAGCAAUUUGGUUAAAGCACGAUAAACUUCCAAAACACUCAUCAUUUCAAAAGCGAUGAUAGAUUGCCGUGAUCCUUUAUUAUUUUUUUUCCAUAAUGGGUCAUGCCUCUUUAUUACACUACAGGAAGACAGCGAAGAGAUGAAUUAGUGAUAAUCCUUAUUGAAGCUACUGAAUUUUUUGUGUACACAUGUGAAGUUUUCUUUUUUAGAAUACAACAUGCAAGGAGCAGUCAAAAUCAGCUAGGAGGGAUAGACAAAGGUGUGUGUAUUCAGCAUGGUUUUUUUUUCUUACCACUUGUACCUGUAAUUUUUAGUUCAACUCUUACAGCUAAAUAGUAAAGUGGAGUACUUCUUUGUUGUUGAAAUAACAGACUGGCUGUAGCCUUGAGACUAGAAAUCUGGCGUUCAUUUGCACAGGAAAUAAGCAUACUGACAGCUUCUGUGUUUUAAGGGUCCGUGGGCGCUGUCUGUUGACUCUGAUUUCCAUAGAUGUCAUGUGAAGAUUCUAGGCUGAAACCAGUUUACUGAUCAUGUAACCCGCCUUGGAAAGUGUUGUGGCAUAGUCUGUUUGGAUGCCAGGGCUGUGUGUGUUAUUUUGUAAGAGCACUUUUCAAACAUACACACGUCCUGUCCUCCUGUCGCAAGAUCUGAAAUGACAGGAUUUUAGGAUGUCAAUGCUCAGACAUGUAAUGCUAAGAACCAUGUUUGCUCCCCCACCCCCCGCUUGAGGUAGGUGACGUUUUAGUGCUUUGGAUUUUAAUUUCAGCUUCUGCUCUAGUUAUUGGGACUCUAUUAUAGUCACUGGGUUGUCUCCAGAUUAAAAUUUACUUCUAUCAACACAGUGGGAUAUUUCUGCCUCCUGCCACCGCAGCCCACUGAGUUCCCUGAAAUGCUAUGUCAGCGGGACAGGGGACCAUAUUAAGGGGCUUAACGGGCUGCAGCUAGGAGGCAGGGAGGACAAAAUAUUCUGUGGACAGAAAUGCCUUCUGUUGACAGACACCAAACUUUGGAUACAGCCCAAAGUUUCCACGCAGCUUCUGGCUGCGUGCACAGGUUCAGGAGACAGUCCUGUUGAUACCAGUAUCUUUAUUGCCAAACAGGCCAUGUUUUCUUCUGGUGCGGUGUUCAGCUGUAGUCAAGUAGAGGGAGCUAUUUUAAUGGAUCAACAUGGCACUUUGGGGCCAGUUCAGAUAAACUUCGUCUGAUACAGACUAAGGGGACAUGAGAUUGAGCAGUGGAAUUAUACCGGCUGCUGCACUUACUGGGCCACUUCUCCUAUUUUAGGACAAGCUAAGUAGUGCAUACGCUGGGCCCAGCUACAUAAAGUGUGAUCACUGCAGGCGCAAACUGUGUAGUUGUUAACUUCUGUGGUCUGCACCUUUGCGUGUACAGCAUUUGUGGAUAUCCCGUUCAGUCCGGAGUGGGAGAGUUACUCAAGAUGGUCCCACUGUCUCCUGGCCUCUCUCAUAGGCUACACCACAGUUUGUCUGAACCCAGCCCUUAAGUUAUAACACAACUUGGAAACAUUGAACUAUAAGUGUGGCUAUAAUUAAGUGCGGCUUCAGCCGCUUCACUAAUAAAGCAUGACUAUUGCAGCUCUCUCCAUAUCGUUAGCUUGAAAGACAGAGUGGGAUUCAGGCAGUUACUGCAUUUUUUUAAAAAGCACUUAUUUAAUCAUUAAAUAAAUUAAUAAAUGUACACGUUGGUGCUCAAAAGUAAUGUUAAAAUAUAUUUAAUAGAAACUGGCAUUUGAUAUUCAUGGGCAUGGGUAUAUUUUUUUAAGGAAAGAAAUUGUAAUACCAUGGCAUUGCUUUUUUUAUAGCCAAAGUAUAAAACUUUUUAGGGGGGGGGGGGGAACUGACAUGUAAAAGACUGCAGAUACGUCUCUUGCUGUAUCGUAUUGAUAGGAUGGCUUUAUUUUAUUAAAAAAUCUCUUUCCCGCACAUUAAGUUGCAUGCCUUAAGUUCUUCUCUAGGAUUGUCUGUUUGAAGCUACCCAGCAAACUUUGUAGUACUACUUUUGACUACCUUUGGAAAUACUGUACAUUGUUAAAAAUAAUUUAUUUUGCUUUACAGAAGUUUUUUGUCAUGUAUUGACUAACUGUAUUUUGGUAAUAAAC